CAAUUAUCUGUUAGCAUACUACUAGCUGACACUGAGUCACCUCUUAAAAUAGAUUUAACCUCAGUUCAGGUCCACUGCUUUACCGAGCAUAUACCUACACACCUGGCAACCAACCCUCAACAGACAGAGCUCGAUCGUGGUCAAAGCAAGUCAAAAAGCUACACGUCACUUCUCAGAUCCCAUACCGCAAUGGAUCGUCCAGCAAAUCAAGAUCAAGGCUUUCUCAAGGCAAACAUCCUUUUAUGGUUGUGCCUUGCCCUGAUACAGAUUGGUUAUGCGCAAGCCCCAUUAGUGAAGUGCAAAGUGGAAUUCAAUGAAAAAUGCAAUGCUAAGUUAUACUGGACUACUGAAGUGAAGUAUGCUAAACGAGGACCAGUCAUUGUUGCCUACACGACAUCAGAGGGAAAGAACGUGAGCUCACUCUUGCUGCCUUACUUGGGCCAAUGUGAAUUUAUGGGAGAGCACACCUGUGAUGAAGGAAACAAUAUGCUUUUUAACAGGUUCGGGAAAAUAACCGAAAAUGGCAAAGCGGACGAUGCUGAUCAAGAAAGCAAAGAGGAAACAGAAAAGGAAACUUUUUUGAAUAAGAACGGGGAGUUGGAAUCAUGGAAGAACGAAGUACUGGACAAGUUAGAACUUCCACGCUACACUUCAGCUGUUAAAAGUAAAAAAACAAGAGGACCAAGACCUCCUAGCUGAGAACCGACCAAACCAAAGUAUACCAUUGGCUCUGCCUAGAACUGUAUCUGUCGCCUUUUAAAGGUGACAGGGGAAAUGCUAAUGUUUCUGCAGGAAUAGCGUUCCCCAGCGUGCAAGCCGUUUUGCACAACGAAGAUAGAUGAAGAUGGUGAGACAAAAGUGCAAACGGUCAAAGAUACUAAAAAUAACCAAGAUAAUGAUAAUGAUUUAAUGACAAUUUUGUUAUUAAGUUUAUAAAAUUGUUUAUUUCUCAUACAUGUGUACUUCAUGACUCGCCACCACGGAAUGUAGGUCGCAGAGAGCUGUUUCGUACUAGAGGCCCCGGAAUAUAAUGAGGGUCAGCUUUGUGCAGUUUGGAUUUUCUUUAUGAUUACUUUGUUAUUAAGCUGAAAGGGAAAUACAGUGCUCUGAUAAAAUAAAACAAUGUUUAAAUAUAUUUUGAGUUCACCCACGGCGAUCCGUGCGCCGAUUUUCACAGGAAAAUAGCGAAAUGCAAACGCUGUUUCGGUUCCAUUUACCUGUAAGAACCUCAUCGUAUUAUACCUUGUACACAGCCUGGAAUCUGAAUUUUCCCUCUUUUAAAAUUGCUGACUCAACUAUUACCCAAAACAGAUGAUUUGUUUACAAACGCUUAAGAGAAAACACAUUUUGUCAUUAUUCACGACGCUAUCCAAUGGGAUAAUCCGAUACUGAAGUUUCCUUGGUAACAAGAGAAAAGGCGCUGAGCGAUUGGCUGAAGGGGACGAUACUCAUUUCUGAAUGCUGAGUAAAGCGACAAUAAACGGCGAAAACCGAUCUGAGUUACGAAGCAUUAUUAAUACAUGAAAAAACGAAAAUGUGUUUUUGAAUUGAAUAAUCUAAAGGCCCCUACCGAACUUACACAUUUCAAAGUUUUAUAACUCAGUUUUGGGACUAUGAGAACAACAUUGAAAUCAUAAGAAGGGUCAAAAUCUGUACACCGUAAAAAUAUACAACUUGUAAAUUCUUAAAUUUCCGAAGUAAGGCUCAUUCUAUGGUAGCGGGUCAUAUUUAUAGAUGCUAUUAUUUUAUUGCUAUGUUUGAAAAAUGUAACACGUCCAGAUUUUCUGAUAAAUCUUAUACACGAAAUCACAUACGCUCUCACACAUACACACACGCACAUAAAACGCACACCAAACACACACAAUCACACACAAUCACACACGCACAGAUACUCGAAAUAGUAUAGCAAUGUCGGAAUAAAUUUCAUGUGUUUGUAGAUUUAUUAUAUUAUAUUACACAAUUAAUUCUUUUCAUAGACUAUUAGAGUCACUACCAUCUAAGCCAGGGUUGAUUAGGUUUCUGUGAUUAGCGAUAAUCUGAUGGGCUACAAAUUCAGGCAAAUAUUUUAAUACAAUAUUUGACAUUUUUUUGUAAAUAUUGACAAUAUUGGUGUUGGUUUUCUUUGUUUGUCACACUAUAAUCAAGACACAUAGAAUAUAUAUAUAUACUUAGAGAUAUGAUAUUAUAACUUCAUGAGUGUGUGUAGGGUUAUAUUGUGUGCUUUUAUUGUCGCGUUCGCUUCUUCGUUGUCCUUAGAUAUCCAUUGAUGCUGGUGUUGGCCAACAGCGUAGUACUUUUUGUAGGUGUUUCUGUUGUAUGUCAUCUUUUACGCAGUAUGUUCAACAACUUCUGCUAUUGAAGCUGCAUUCUUGUUGUCGAUUUAACAAAGGUCAGCAGGUAAAACACCAUCUGUAGCAAUAGAAAAUGCUUAAGAGAACAUUAACUGUAAAUUAAUGUCAUGUAUUGAAAUUAUCUAAGAAAUGUAAAACCAGUGACUGGUAUAAACGAUGAGACAUAAAAAGCUUCGAAUUAUUAUCCAGAUGCCUUUGAUUUUGUUGGAUUUGAAAGAAUUGUAUCACCCAGAACGUGUAUUGAGCAUAUAGCAUAAAACACAGCCACAUAUCUCGUUUGAUCUUUAUGUAUAUGCCCUGUAGACUACGUACAUUUCUUGUGAUUGCAAUAAAUUUUCUUUUGUAAUAUGCGAGUGCGAACUUUGUUCAAUGUCAGCAUGGAGUUUGAACCGGUUCUCCUCUCAGCCUUGAAGUGGGCGGUCUGGUGGCGUAACGAUUAGCGUCUGUCACAAAUACAGUGAAGGUUGGACGUCCUGGGUUCAGUUCUCGUCUCGGGCACACAUUUUUCUCUCUCCAUCUUACAUCUAUUUAGAAGGGCUAACUGCUGUACCAUGAUGCAUGCUUAGCUUCUAGCUCGGCGUAAAACACAAAUCAUUCUCUGGCCUUCAAGGAUAAACAUCUUAUGCCACUGUUUAUAUGUUAUAGUUAAUAGUAGGGUCUAUUAAAUUCAUUACAAUACUUGUGGUUUUAGUAUUCAUCACCUAGACGCCAUUACGGUUUUGUGCCAUUCCCGUUUUUAAAGUUGCCAAUUAUCUCUUUACAUUCAUACAAGGUGUAUUUAUAUCUAAUUGUCAGGUUUGUGACCUUAGCUUUUAAUUGCCUAUGCUCUAAAACUUUUGUAGAAAUUUGAUGUAAAGAUUACACGAUCCGUAGGGUAUUAUUGAUGUGAUAUGCUGAAAUAAACUUUUGUAUAAUCUUCUUGUACAAGAUACAUGCAAAGAUGCUAUGGAGUUCCAGACAAUUUUAUUUGUUGUUUCAAGAGGUUAAUUUUGUUUUCGGUUUACAUCAGAAUAUAAACAGUGGUUACCAACAAUAAAUGUAAAAAAAAUAUAUUCCUGAUUCAAACUGUUAAAAAUUCAUAUAAAUAGUCUUCAUUUUAUUUUCUCUAAUUCAGGGUUGGUUAUUUAAAGGUUAAUAAGAAGCAUAACUCUGUAUCCACUUUACCUAGUGAUUGAAGAAGAGUUACGUUUCUUGUUUCGGUGACGUCAGUUGUGAGAGAAACAUAAAUACUGAUUUUAACAGCCAUUUUGUCAGCAAGCCCCACCAUCAUUACUGAGUGGCCAGUACUUUUGAGUAUUGGGCCCUAUCUUCAGCACCUUG